AAGUCUUUACCUCAACAUUUUAAACCAGAUUAAGGAUUAAAUUUACCUGUUUAAACCAGAUUAAGUCUUUACCUCAACGUUUAAAACCAGAUUAAAGAUUAAACUCACCUGUUUAAAUCAGAUUAAGGGUUAAUCUUGCCUGUUUUAACCAGAUUAAGGAUUUAAUUUACUUGUUUUAACCAGAUUGAGUCUUGACCUCACCUCUUUAAACCAGAUUAAGGAUUAAACUCACCUGUUUAAAUCAUAUUUAGGAUGAAACUCACCUCUUUAAACCAGAUUAAGGAUUGAGAUCACCUGUUUAAAUCAGAUUAGGUUAAAAACUCAUCUGUAUUUAAACCAAAAUAAAUUGUAAAAUUUACCUGAUUAAACCAAAUUAGGGAUUAAAUUUACCAGUUUGACCUAGAUUAAGUAUUAUUCUCACUUUUAAAAAAAAACUAGAUUAAGUCUUAACCUCAAUUUUUUAAACCAGAUUAUGGAUAAAACUCAUCUGUUUUAACCGGAUUAAGGAUUAAACUCGUAUGGUUAAACCAGAUUGAGGACAAAACUCACUUGUUGAAGUUAGAUCAAGUAUAAAACCCACCUGUUUCACCCAGAUUAAGGAUUAAAAUCACCUGAUUAAACCAGAUUAAGGAUUAAAGUCACGUGUUUAAAUCAGACAAAGGCUAAAACUCACCUGUUUAAACCAGAUCUGGUCUUAAACUCGCCUGUUUAAACCAGAUUAUGGAUUAAAUGUACCUAUUUAAACUAGAUUAAGGAUUAAACUCACCUGUUAUAAACAGAAUUAGGAUUAAUUAAUUUGGUUUAGAUUUAUAUUGAUCUCAUUGGUCCACUUAAGGUCCAUUAAACUCCAGAGACACUGAUCAGUGGACGGGUGAGUGUUGUUCUCUCAGUGUCCAGCAGGUGGAGUCAGAUACACGUGUAAAUGAAGUCAGAUCAGCUGUUCUUCAUUUUUUACUAAAAACAGAAUAAUUCAUGAAAAAAAGAAACACUCUUUAGAGAGAGAGAGAGAGAGAGCUGUGAAUGAAGAGGCCGGGGCGAUCGACACUCAGGUGAGUCAGCUGUGAUCACCGAUCGAUCGAUCGAUAAAGUUUGUUUUUAGUAUCAGAUUCUUCCUUUAAAUCAAUGAGAAAAUCAAUGAACCAGUUUUCAUUUUCCCGCCCUUUCCCUCCGAUGACAUCACAGAGGGGCAGGGCUAUCACCUGUCUGUCAAAGUCCUGUCUCCUCCCCCUCUUCCUGUCGUCUUCUUUGUUAUUCUCUACGUCUCACUUUGACAGACAGGUGACAGUUACCCACAAUGCUCCUCUCCUGUGUUCCCUCCAUUUCUGACCUUCCUUCACUUCCUCACUUCCUUUCCUUCUUCCUUCUCGUCCUGAAUUCAUCCUUCCUUUUUUCUGUCCUACCUCCUUUAAUAAUAAACUCUUUUCCUACACUCUUGUCUCCCCUUUGUUUUCCUUCUUUCCUCUUUUUCUUUACUUUCUUUUAUUCUGUCUUUCUUUUUCUCGUUUUCUUGUUUUGUCUUCCUUAAUACUGAAAUCAUGGUUUUUUUUAUUGCCUCCUCUUUUUUUCUGUUGUUUCCUCUCUUACUUUUAUUUUUAUCUCUUUCUUCUGUGACAUUUUUACUCUUUUUUUUAACAUCAGUUUCUUUGUUUUUUUUUAAUUUUUUGGUUCAAUUUUUUCUUUCCUGUUCUUUUGUUUCCAUUUUUUUUUAUCUUUUUUCUCCUCCUCCAUCUUUUUGUUAUUGGUUUUAUUUUCUAUAUUUUUAUGCUCCUGUUUUCUUCUUACUUUUACUUUUUGUUUUAAUUCUUUCCUUCUUUGUUUUUCUUUUUUAUCUUCAUGUUUUUUUAACUUUAACUUUCUUUUUUAAAUUUUUUUUUCAUCCUCACCUUAAUUUCUUUAGUUUUUUUAAUCUUCCUCUCUUUUUUCUCCUCUCUUACUUUUUCUUGGUGCCCUUUUUCAUUUUUACAUUUUUCUUUGUUUUUUUAUUUUUUUAUUGAUAAUCUUUUUUCUUGAUUUUUUAGGUUCCAUCUUUUUUUUUUACCUAUCCGUGUUCUCUUUUUAUUUCUUUUUCUGUUUCUUUCUUUUUAUGGUUUUUCUUUUUUUGGAUAAUUUUAUUCUCCUGUUCUGUUCUUACCUUUUUCUUUUUUUUUUAAUUCCUUCCUUCUUUCCUUCUCUGUUUUUUUUUUAUCUUUUUCUCAUUUUAACUUUCUUUUUGUAAUUUUUCCUUCUCACCUUUUUUUCUGUUUUCCUUCAUCUUCCUUUCUUCUUUCUCCUUUUUUACUUUUUCUUUUUCUACCUCGUCUUUAUAUUCGUUUCUUUCUUUCUUUUUCCUCCUCUCUGUGUUUUACUUUUUCAUUCUCUUCUUUAUUUAUUGGACAUUUCAUCUUCCUCUCUUUUUUUCCUUUUUUACUUUUCUGUUUUUUUUCGUUGUACAUUUUUUUCUUUUCCUCGUCUCUAUUUUCGUUUCUCUCUUUCUUUUUCCUCCUCUCUGUGUUUUUCUUUUUCAUCCUCUUCUUUAUUGGACAUUUGUUCAUCUUCUCUUUUUUCUCUUUCUCGUCUCCCUCUGUUCUCCUUCUUUUAUGAGUUUUCUUCUCCUCUCCUCUGAUCCUCAGGUUUCCUCCUCCUCCCCCUCCUCCCUCCUCUGUCCCUCCUUCCUGUCGUCUCUUCCUUUUGUCCUCUGUUCUGUCGUUCACACCUCCUGACAAACAGAAGAGGAUGAGGGGAUGAAGGGGGAGGAGGUGAUACCUGACUCUGGUCUUUUCUCCUCUGACAGAAAGAAGGAGGCGACGCUCUCACGAUAUUUAACACCUUCACCUUUGGUCUCCAUGCUGAUCAGCUGUUUCUAUGGCAACUAGUGAUUAUCAAUAACUAUGGAGUCCGAUUAGUAUCAAACAAAAAAUAAGAAUUAGAGAGAAAAAAACUCCUGAAGCAAAAAAAGUCAAACUUGAAACUUACAAACUAAUUAUUUAUGAAAUUGUAAAUAAAUAUAUUUAUUUAUUAUAUAAAUAAAAAUAAAAGGAAAGAUGAGAAAAAGUCAAAGAUCAGAAGUUUAUAAAAUUACAUAAAUAUUUAGUUUAUAAGUUUAAAGUUUGACUUUUUUCUCUUCAGUGAGUUUUUUUCUCUCUGAAGAAGUUCAGUUUGAUUAUUUUUGACCCUAAUCUGACUCCGUACAGAACGAGCCAAUGAGGAGACAGAUCAAUAAAUCAGAGCAGCAGAGAUGAUGGGUCAGCUGUUUAUCAAUCAAUCAAUCAAUCAAACUUUAUUUUUAAAUCACUUUUCAUACAGAGAAUGUAAAACAAAGUGAUGUUUGUUUACGCAGGAUAUUAAAACAAUAAAAUAAAUAAAAAUACAAAAAACAAACCUCAUUCAACACAAACACACACACAGAUACACACACAGGGGACCGAUGAAACUCUGGAUCUGGGAACUAAAACGAUAAAACCAUAAUAAACUAUAAUAAACUAUAAUAAAAUAUAAUAAAAUAUAAUAAACUAUAAUAAACUCUGAUCAAAUAUAAUAAACUAUAAUAAACUCUGAUCAAAUAUAAUAAAAAAUACUAAAGUUAAUAAAGAUUUAAAAGUUCAUGAGAUGAAAGAGUCUGAAAAUCAAACAAGAACAAAGUCAAUCAAUCAAUCACAGUUAUGAUCAUCAAUAUCUGUAAUAAUUCAGAGUCAGAGAUGAAAACAAAGUUAGUUUUAUAAAUAUGAACAGUAGGGGGCGCUCUCAGCUCUACAGCUCAGUAUUGUGGAAGUCCAGCGGUCCUGGUUGGACUCCAGUCCCUCACAUGUGGGUCUGCAGAGACCUGCUGUCCUGGUCUCUGUUCAGACACGGGUCCCGGGUCGGAGCAGGUGUUGGUCUUGGUUCUGGUCUGAUCCCUCUCCUGGAUCGGGGUCGCAAAAACCACUUCCUGUGACGUCAUCAGCUGGAGUUCAGGGACAUGUGACCUCUGACCCCUUCAGGUGGACGGUGAUGACAUCAUCAGACAGGUGAGUCUGUUUACGUUUUUGUUUCAAAGUCGUGAAUUUUUUUCUUUCUUUUCCAUCUUCAUCCUUUUUUUCUCUUUUCCUGUCUUCCAUCUUUUCUUCUCUCUUUUCUCCUCUUUCUAUUUGUUUGUUGUUCUUCUGUCUUUUUCUUUUUCUCUUCCCUUCUUUAUUUUUUCGUUUUUAUUCUUUCUUUCCUUCAAUUUCUUCUUCCCUUCUUUCUUUAUUCUUUGCUUUUUUCUUAUUUCUGUUUUUUGCUUCUAUCUUUUCUUCCCUCUGCAUUUGUUGUUCUUCUGUCUUUUUCUUUUCUCUUUCUUCACUUCUUUAUUUUUUCUUUUUUAUCCUUAGUUCUUUUUCUUUCCUUCAAAUUUUUCUUCCCUUCUUUCUUUUUCUUUUCUUUCCCUCUUUCUCUCUCUCUCUCUCUUUUUCUCUCUUCCAUGUUUUCUUCUCUCUUUUCUUCCCUUUCUAUUUGUUUGUUGUUCUUAUUUUUUCUUUAUCUUCCUUUUUUAUUUUUUAUUUUUCAUCCUUUUUUCUCUCACCUUCUCUCUUCUUUCUUUCUCUCUCUCUCUCUCUCUCUCUUUUGUCCUUCAUCUUUUCUUCUCUUCUCUAUUUGUUGUUUUUUAUUUUUUCUUUCUUUUCUUACAGUUUUAGUUUUUUCCUCGUCUGUACGGAGGUCAAAGGUCUCCUGUAUGUUCACGUGAGUUUAGUUAAUAAAGUUUAUUCAAACACCCCCCCUUUGUUCUAUUGUCGGUGAACCACACACACACACACACACACACACACACACACACUCAGGUCAGGUGUGUAUUCAGUUUCUCAGACUGGGCGAGAGACACUGAGCUCACAGAGAGAGAGAGAGAGAGAGAGAGAGAGAGACAGAGAGAGAGAGACAGAGAGAGAGAGGGAGAGGAUCCCAGUUUCAUGUAAAUAAACUCUCAGACUCAUUAAGUUCAUAUCAAACCCGAACUGUUAGUUUCACAUUUAGAGUUAAAAACUCAGUUUAAAGUGUUUUUUUUUAAAUGUAGGAGGAAAAAUAAGAACCCGGAUGAUUCUGUGAAGAUUUAAAAGAGUUUAAAAACCUUAAUUUGUCUCUUUUUAAUCGGUUUUAAUCGAACUUUGUUGUGUUUUUGUUGGUUUCUGCAGAGAGACAGACAGGCGGGCAGACACACACAUUCCUGCACAUCUGUCUGUCAAUCAUUACCCUAACCCCGCCCCUUUGAACGAUGACAGGCCGUCGAGCCAAUCACAGACUGUGGGGGGCGUGUCCUCGGCGUGUCCGGCUGCUUUUGUCUAAAGUUUAGUGGAUGUUUAAACUGGUCCCGCAGAGACACACUGGGAGCACUGGGACAGGACACACACACACACACUCACACACACACAGAUAUCUGACCCCCAGUGUGUCCGUGCAUGUGCGUGUGUGUGUUAGAGGACACAGAGAGUGUGUGUGCUUCUUUCUGGUCCCGCAGACACACACCGACACCUCUCCGCUCGGCAGGCCGCCUCUCAGCGCUCCUCUCCCGGCCUCAGGGACAGCCGCGCCCCGCUCUCCUGUCUCGGAGGAAAGAAAGAAAGAAAGAGGAGAAAAACAGACGGAGAGUCGGGAUGGAGGGAUGAAGGAGACCCGGACAGAGGAGUGGAGGUUAUCAGACUCCAGUUUUUCUUCUUUUUCUUCAGUUUUUUUUCUGUUUUUGGGACUUUUUUUCUGUCUGUCUUUGGAGGCGUCCAUCUUGGAGUUGUUCCUCCUCUGAAGACCUUCUCCUCCUCCUCCUCCUCUUCUUCUCCUUCUUCACUCUAAAACCCUUUUCUGGAUUUUUAUUCACUUUUCGGCUCCAAUGAGGCGCGCGCGGCCGGCUGAGAGCGAGCCCAGCUGACGUCACCGAUCAGGGAUCUAUAGGUGUGAUCGACCCGGAUCGAUCAGGGAUCCUCGGGUCUCAUCCAGUCAGGAUUCCGGAGGGGAUGGAGGGUCUGCGGGGUGUGCGGGCCCCUGAGUCCGGGGGACGGGCCUCCUCCUGCGGGCUGCUGCUGCUCCUUCUCCCGCUGCUCCUGCUGACCCGCUGCUCGGCCGACGAAGGUAAGAGACCGACGGUUCGGUCCGAAACCACCGAUCGAUCCAGCACGAUUAAUCGAUCAUAGAGUAGUACAGAGUUUUCCCUGUGAUCAAAAAACAAAACAUUUAUCACAGGAGUUUGGUUUCUGAUAUGAGUCAUCAAUAACACCGAUCACGGAUCGAUCAACUGUGUUAUCUCAGAGUCUCACUUAUAUUUAAAGUAAUUUAUUCUGUACGGAGGCCCUGAAGGCCAACUGCUCAGAGUUUUCAUUAAACAAUAUUUCUGAGGACACUGGGGAAAAAAGUUACUGAACUGCAAAAACUGUUACGAAAGUUUAAAAGGUGUUUAAAUAAAAAAAAAAUGUUUAAAAAGUUUCUUUAAAAUCCAAAAAGAUAUUUGAAAUAUUUCCUGUGCACAUUUAUAAAACUUUUAAAAUCAAGAAAGGAAAAACUAUUAUAAACAUUUAAUUCUUUUCAUCAAGGUAAAUAAUUUAAAUAUCUUUUUUGAAUAACAAAGACCUGUAAAACAAAAAAAAAAACAUAUAUAUAUAUAUAUAUAUAUAUAUAUGAUUUAAUUUAAACAAUCAAAAGACGGCAUAAAUAUUUUAAUUUGACAUUAAGAAAAAGUUUCUGAACUGCAAAAACUGUUUAAAAAACAAAAGUUUAAAAGGUGUUUAGGAACAGAAAAAAAAACUCUAGUAAAGUUUCUUUAAAACCUCAAAAUGUGUUUAAAAAUAUUUCCAGUGCACAUUUAUAAAACUUUAAAAAUCUAGAAAGGCAAAAACAUUUUGUCAACAUUGAAUUUUUUCAUUCAGGGCAAAAAAAAAUUCAAAAUCUUUUAGAAACACAAAGACCUGUAAAAAAAAAAAAAGAAAAAUAUUACAUUUAAUUCAAUUUAAACGGCAAAAAACAGCAAAAAAAAUAUUUUAUUUUCACCAAGAAAAAAAGUUUCACCAAAACAAAACUUCUGAAAUUUUUUUGAAAACACAAUCUUAGAUGUCAGUAAAACCUGGUGUAACACCAAAACAUUUUUUUAAAGUUUUAUUUAUUUAUUUUGUAACCCAGUUUUAUUAAAAUCACUUUGUUUGAUCUGAUCAGCUCUUGUGUUCCUAAUAAUGUGUCCUGGUUUAGUUUUUUGUAAAGUCUUUUUCUUUGUUUCAGUUUUUUUUUGCGUUGUGUAAAAUAUUUUUGUGUUUAUUUCUGGAGUUCAGUCAUAAGUUUGUCGUGGUCACUGAGAGCCUUCAGGGCCUCCGUACACAGAGAGUGAAACUCUGUGUGUGUUUUUCUGAAUGAAGGUUUGGGUUCGAGUAAACAGACGACAACAUGAGGUCUCUGUUGUUUGUUUCUGCGGUUCUGGAGCGGCGUUUACAUUCCUGAAGGUUCCUCUAGGAAACAGAGAAGAGUCCUCGCUGAGGAUCCUCACAGUUCAGAUUAUUAACUUUAGAGACAGAGACUCUGAUCGUCUUUGUGACGAAACAGACGAAUGUUCAAGAGUCAAUCUGAGAGAUUAAGAAUCUGAGAGACGAGAGCUGAACCGGAGAGACUGAAGUCAGUUCUGAUGGUUCUGUCUGAGCUGGACCAGAACCAGGAGGAGUCACACUGUGUCUGAGGAGGAGGUUAAUCUGACUCUGUAGUAAUCCUGACUGGUUAAUCUGACUCUGUAGUUAAUCUAAUUCUCUAGUUAAUCUGACAAGUUUAUCCAUCUCUGUAGUUAAUCUGACUCUGAAAUUAAUAUUUCUUUGUAGCUCAUCUGACUCAAGAUAAUCUGACUCUACAAUUAAGCUGACUGUAAUUUACCGGACAAGUUAAUCUGCCUCUGUAGCUAAUCUGACUCUGUAGUUAAUCUGACUCUACAUUAAUCUGACUCUGUAGUUAAUCUGACUCUACAAUUAAUCUGACUCUGUAGUUAAUCUGACUCUGCAAUUAAACUCCGACUCUAUAGUUAAUCUGACUCUUGUCAAUCUGACUUUAUAGUUAAUCUGACUCUAUAGUUAAUCUGACUCUAUAGUUAAUCUGACUCUUGUCAAUCUGACUCUAUUGUUAAUCUGGCUCUAUAGUUAAUCUGACUCUAUAGUUAAUCUGACUCUGUAGUUAAUCUGACUCUGUAGUUAAUCUGACUCUAUUGUUAAUCUGACUCUAAUUAAUCUGACUCUAUAGUUAAUCUGACUCUUGUCAAUCUGACUCUAUAGUUAAUCUGACUCUAUAGUUAAUCUGGUUUUAUAGUUAAUCUGGUUUUAUAGUUAAUCUGGUUUUAUAGUCAACCUGACUCUUUGGUCACAGCUGACCUGCUUCACCAUGAUCAAUUAUCCCUGUUUAUGUUAAUAAUCUGACUCUUUAAUCCGGAUUAUCAUCAGUCUGUCUGUGAAUGAGCACCAGGACCAGCAGGACCAGGUCCUCUGAAAAUCUGGACUGUUGUGGAAGAACCAGUACCGCUCUGGUUCCUGUUUACAUUCUACAGUCACAUGACUGUAUCUGAUUGAUCGAAUCUGAUUGAUCUUCAGACGGCGAGUUUAAAGACGGGACCCACAAAGAUACAGAGACAAACGUGUGUGUGUGUGUGUGUGUGUGUUUGUUUUAGAGCCUUAAAGGGCCGAGCAACAGAUUAACUAACCUGCACUUAACAUGUAAAUCCCUGCACACAGAGAGAGGGAUUAAAACACCGAGAGAGGGGCGAGAGAGAGAGAAGAGAGAGAGAAAGAGAGAGAGAGAGAGAGAGAGAGAGAGAGACUAAAGAGAGAGAGAGAGAGAGAGAGAGAGAGAGAGAGAGAGACUAAAGAGAGAGAGAGAGAGAGAGAGUAAAGAGAGAGAGAGGGAGAAGAAAGAGAGAGAGAGAGACUAAAGAAAGAGAGAGAGUAAAGAGAGAGAGAGGUGGGGGGGUGCAGCAGGCUGAACAACAGAACAAAGAGGACAGAAAAGACAGAGACAGAUGGAGGACAAUAUGGAGACACUCCCACCUACACACACACUGACAGAGACACACACACACACCAGCAAAUCAAACACACACACACACACACACACACACCCCUCCUGAAGACAUCUGCAGUAAGACACACACACACACACACACACACACAUGGUUCCAGGUUUCAGAUCCACAACUCUAUCACUCAGACCUGACCCACUCUGACAGACUGUCUGUGAGUCACCUGACUGUGAACAGGAGCUGUGACACAGCAGAGCGUGGAGGUGGUAGUUCAUGGUGUGGAGAUGUUCUGCAGGUGAUGGAGGAGGAGGUUAGUUUGAAGAAGAAGGAACAGUACCACUCCAUCCUCCAGCACCAUGCUGCUCCAUCUGGACUCAGACUUGAGGCUCAGAAGUUUGUUCUGCAGUAAGACAAUGAUAUAAGAACUGAGCUGUUAAAACUACACAGGUGAGUUAAACAGGUGAAGCACAGAUCAUUGGACGACAGUGAUCAUGUGACCUUAAAGGAGCAGUUCACUAAAUUCACUCACUGAGCUUUAGAUGUCUGCACACACACACGACAAAACACACACUGUUCUAAUGGUUUAUAUAUCGAUGUAAAGAGUUUAUAUAAAGAGUGUGUGUCUGUUUAAGUGUGUGUUUAAGUGUGUGUGUUUAAGUGUGUGUAAGUGUGUGUGUAAGUGUGUGUUUACUUUCUGUGUUUGAGCUGCAGAGGAGAAAAAGAGAGAAGCUGCCAAAUAUGCAGGUUUAUUAGAGAGCAAGUCCCAGCACGAGACCACACACACACACACACACACACACACACACACACACACACACACACACACACACACUGUAAACAGUGCAUCUGGUGAUAAGAGCGCAUGACGAGGACACGGAAAUUACCAUGACAACACUGGCGGGAUGUUUAUACUAGACACCAGUUCUGUGUGUGUGUGUGUGUGUGUGUGUGUGUGUGUGUGUGUGUGUGUGUGUGUGUGUGUGUGUGUGUGUGUGUGUGUGUGUGUGUGUGUGUGUGUGUGUGUGUGUAGUCUUCAGCUCUUGAAUUGUA